UCACAGGGAGGAGAAGGACAUUCCUGAUUGGCUGGAAGGGGUAACGUGCUACGCUGCAGAGCGUGCGGACCGACGGCCAUGGCGAGCUGGUGCUUGGGCACGCGGGCGCUGUGGGCCGGCGGCUUCCUGUCGGCGGCUCGAGCGCGGGGGCCGAGCGUCAGGUUAUUCUGUACCGCUACGCAGCAAAAAAACACAGGACAAAGCUAUGACGAUGACCAGAGCCAUCCUCAGAAUGAAAACAAAGGAGAACCAAACCCAACAGAGAGAACACUAAUAGAAGAAAAGGCAAAGCUAGAGGAGCAACUCAAGGAUCUUACAGACAAAUAUAAGAGAGCACUGGCAGAUACUGAAAACUUGCGUCAAAGAAGUCAAAAACUUGUUGAAGAAGCUAAGUUAUAUGGUAUUCAAGGAUUCUGCAAGGACCUUUUAGAGGUGGCAGAUGUUCUUGAAAAAGCAACAGAGAGUGUCCCCAAGGAGGAAAUCACUGAAGCGAACCAUCACCUUAAGAGCCUCUACGAAGGUCUUAUCAUGACAGAAGGGCAACUUCAGAAAGUGUUUUCCAAGCAUGGCCUUGUCAGACUGAAUCCCAUUGGGGCCAAGUUUGAUCCUUAUGAGCAUGAAGCUCUUUUCCAUAGUCCUAUGGAAGGGAAGGAGCCAGGCUCUGUGGCACUGGUGUCCAAGAUAGGGUAUAAGCUCCAUGGACGCACUCUUCGACCAGCAUUAGUUGGAGUUGUCAAAGGAGUAGAAUGAUGGUGAUUAGGACUGGCUGAUGUAGGAUAGUUCAAAGACCAUAAUAGUUGACAUUCUUUGACUAAUGGAUUUUUAUGUCUUACUGUUUCUGAACUAUUGAAGAUAGUACUGAAUUCUGCAACAAAUAAGGAUCUGCGUAUAUUAAAGAGAUUUCCCUAUUAAAAGUGUGUUAACUGUUAAAAUGAGCUAUGUCUUGCUGCUUCAGGUAUUGGUCACAAAUACUUGGAUCUUUAUUAUGCUCUAACUGAGCUUCCUACAGACCAUUUUCCCCUGAGUUAAGAUGUUGGACUGGGCUGCUUGCAUUUGGUACCUGUGCGAGGCUACUUCUAUGAUUGUAAUUAUCUGUUGGCUCCAGGCCUCAUCUCACUCUUCCCUCCUGAUUCCACUUAGGCAUUCAAUUUUUUUUUAAAUGGUUAAAUCUUCAUUUCAAAACAGGAAGAAAAAUAGUCCAUUCUUCAAAGUGUCCAAUAGUAUGGUUUUAUUUUACAAAAAUGACCAUUUCUUGGACUUCAGUAUUUUACAUUAAUCUUUAAAAUUAUGAAUUGUACUCUGUACAAAAUUGAAUUUAAAUUCUGCUUUUGGAAAAAUUGAUCAAGUAUUAACAUUAUUCCCAAGUGUUGAAUGUUGUGAAAAUUGUUCUGUUUCAAUGUCAGUAGUAUUGACAACAGGAACAUGUUUCGUAAAUAUUCUGUGGAGUACAAGAAACUAUUGUAUAAGUGAAUAGUUUUUCUUGUAGAAUCAGCAAGAAGCUAUUACAAUUGUUGAAGGUACCACUAUAUUUAAAAUAAAUUUGACCAAUUAAGAUAAUGGUUUGAAUCUAUUCUAAAUAGUGGAUUAAAUUAAGGUUACAAGUUUUAAUUAUCAAUUUGAAAAGAACACAUUGUCCAUGAGAGAGGAAGAAAGACUUUUUCAUUUUUAAUUAAAUUAUACAAUAAUAUUUUCUUUAUCCAGUCUAAGAUUAUUAAACUUAUUAUUUGAUUCUUAAAGCUCUUUAAAUUCUUUUCAAUUAAUCCCAGAUGGAGAAUUGCACAAUUGCAUAUCAUACCAUUUAUAAGUUCAAUAAAAAGCAAAACUGCAGAUGGGAGUUAAUGUUAACCUCAAAACUGUUGAGUCAGCAACUGAAGACAACCAAUAAGUUAAUAUUUUGCAAAGUCUGCAUCUGAAAGAUGAGGUUUUUUUUAACCAUAGAUGUUGACUGAUUUCUUUCCUGCGCUGGUGUGUUGCACCACCUUGUGGUAAUUAUACUAUUUCCAUGAUUACAUUAGUUUUCUCAACACUGAAAAUACACAGAUUAGAGGACUGACAGUAUUAAGUUUUAAGAAAGGACUUCUUAAUGUCAGGCUAAAAUUAAAAUUAUGAAAUCCAAAACAGGGCAGAUGUUUAAUUUCCCAACUUGUUGACAGCUGUAUUAGUAACUUUAAAUUUGCAUGUAAUGAACCAAAAACCCCAUGUUUAUGUGCUUUGACUUUAAAGAAUACUCAUUAGGUUCAGAAUUUGUGGAUAUCAAUCAUGUAUUUUUUUUUAAAUGUGGAGAAUUUAAUGUUCAGCUUCCUGUGAGAUAGUAAUUAGUUUUAGGCUGGAUCCCCUCAUCCCUGUUCAGAGCUGCUGAGUAUUCUUCCCCAAGUACCAAUAAAUGUUUUAUACUCCUGUAAACCUUUGGUUACAUUGCAAAGAAAUGUCUUUACACAGUAACUUAACCAGUAAGAUCAAACUUGGGGGUUGCUUUAAACAGCACUACUUGCAUUCUUUGAAGUAGCAGAAAAUAUCAUAGUUGACAGUUUAGACAACACCUGUGGGCAGGGAAAGGUAGGUUAAAUUUAGAUUGAUGCAUUUCCUACCUGUAUAAUACUAAAUGCCAAUUAUAUAGUCGUCAUAAUUUUUUUGUGGUGUAAUUUGAAAGCUAUAAUUAGUAAUACAUCUCAUAGAGGUGGUAGCACAUAUUGAACAAAUAUACCCAAACGAAAUAGACCACUGAAAAUUCUAGCCUUUUCCCUUCCCACAGCAAUUCCACAAAGUUUAAGAAAAAUAUCAAUUGUAAUGAAUUUAAUCAAGUGUGAAGAAAACCAUUUUUUUUAAAUGUGUGCUUAAAUAUGUUUUUAACUGUUGUUUUCAAGCUAUCAUUUGAGUUGGGAGUGCAAUUAGUGAAGUAUGUUAAUACAUAGAUGGUAAAGGUCUGUUUUCAAUACUGUCCAUGAAAGCAAGGACACAGACUUGCUGGGAGGACUUGAGGAUCGAGUGAUUAUAGUCCUUAUUUUGUUUAUGGUAAUGAGUCCUGAGCCUUUGCUUGUAUUUCAACAAUAAAUUAUUAGUCAAGUGUUAUGGUUUUGGGGGUGCUCGAAGUAGGUUCCCACAGUAACAAGGUGAAGAAGGCAUUUUCUUUGUCCUCUAGUUGUUCUGGGACCUUGGAUUGUAUAUUACUUGUGGGCCUGUCUGGAAUAUGAGGCUGCAGUAUCAGCACAAUGGUUGGAACAUUCAAAAUUAAUCCUUUAGCUGUGCCUCGAUAAAACUAAUGAACUUGUAGAAAUUGUAGUGUACCAUUUCCAGGGUCCCAUAGUCUACAUUCACAGUAAUGCAGCCAUAAGUAAUGACAAACUUGUUUGUGGUAGGACUAUUAGGAACUUGAUUUACAGAACUGUUGUUUCAUGAAAUAUUGCCUUCAAGGGAAGGAAAACAAAUAAAAUUAAUCUUGGAAUAGCAUUUUUUUUAAAGUAUGCCUGAAGAUGUGGAUACUUUUAAAAUCAUGACCAAAUGUCCCAAAGUUGCUAAUCCAGUGUCACACUUAAAUUGUACUGGUACCUUAUUCAGUAUUGUAUCUGCCACACUGACCCAAUUUAAAUACAACCUGAUUUAAAAAUAAAAUUGAAUUUAUAAACUUUCACAUUGUUUCAUAGCAAAUUAAGUACCCUUUGAAGUGUAUUUCAAGGCAAAUAUUAGUCAAUUUCUGCAAAAUCUCAAUAUGAACAAGAAAUCACCUGAAUGUUUGGUGUUAGAUCUUGGCCAGAAUACUGGAAAAAUGUUGCUCGUUGACUGUUAGAGCAUCUUUAUGUAUGUGAAAAUAGGUGGAAUUUAACACACACCAGGUAGCAUCAAUU